CUCGGGUAGUGUAUUCUGGUCAGCGGCAUAAACAUUCCAUCAACAACAGAAAAUUGAAGUCAAAAUGAUCAGUUGUUGUGAUUUCAAAAUCAUUCAAAUAUACAUAAUUCAUUAGCCCUACAAGCAAUAUCAUACUUUCAAGAUGGAUCCUGAAUUUGAAGCAGCUUUAAAAAAGCCUCAAUAUUUUAAAGAGUUUGCAGAAGAAUGGCAUGCAAGCAGAAUUGAUUUAUUUAGACUGACGCUCACAAGCGGCCCAAAUGAGGUCCCAAAGUUUCAUGGAGUUAUACGUUUUUAUUUCCAAGACCAGGGUCAAAAAGCUUCCACUAAAUGUCUCAGAUUCAACAAUGAGCAAACUGUUAGUGAUAUUAUGCCACAAUUGAUCGAAAAAUUUUGUCCAGAUAUGAAGAUGCUGUCAACUCCAAAUUAUGAACUAUUCGAAAUACAUUCUACUGGAGAUGUUCGAAAAUUAUCAGCAAAUGAAAAACCUCUUCUAGUUCAAUUGCUUUGGCAUAAGGAUGAUAGAGAAGGUCGUUUUCUGUUAAAAAGUGCAAAUUUAAAAGUUCAAGCAAGAAACUUCUUUGUUCCAGAAGAAGAUAGUAGAAAGAAAGAAGAAAGUGUCAUUCAACGUUCAGUUUAUCGUUUAUCAAGAAAAUACAGAAAGAAAAGAAAAGAAGAGAUGAACCGGAAAAGAAAUGCUACCACUGAAAAAGAUGCUGCGAUGGCACAAGAACUGUUUAGAGAUUUACCAGAAAGUACACUAACAAGAACAAAGUCAAAUCCAGAAGCAGUCAUGAGAAGAAGAAGACACCAAAAAUUGGAAAAAAGAAUAAAAGAGUUUCAAAAUAAAGGUGGACCACAGACAGGAGGCAUUUUGAAAAUAUUCGCUGAGAGCCUUAAGCCAGAAAUUCCAUACAAAACAAUUUUGGCAUCUGUAAAAGACAAUACUAAGGUUGUUACACAAGCUGCAUUGGAAAAAUUUUUGCUUCCAAAAGAAGACCCAGAAGAAUAUUGCAUAGUUAUGGCUAUAAUCCCUGCAGGAGUUCCAAACCCAGUUCCAAAAGAACGAAUAAUACGGCCUUCGGAUUGUCCAUUAGCCAUUCAGAAUAGUUGGCCAAAAGAAAAUGGUGUAAUCACUUUUCACCUUCGUAAAAACGGACUCUUUUCAAAGAAGAAUAGUAAUAAAAGCAAUGAGAAAAACAAAUCCACAUCUAAUCCACCAAACAAGCGUAAUAAGAAGGGAGUCCAAAAAGCCAACUCUUCUGACUCGGAAAAAAAUAAUGAACGGAACAAUGAUGGCGGCAGUAAUGAGCCUCCAGAAGGAUUUUCUUGUGGCAAUAUUGUUGAUAGAGAUAUACUGCCCUAUUUCUUAGAGCUUACACCAGAAGGCAAAGAAAUUAAUUAUAAACCUAAAAUAUAUUAUAUUAGGCCUAAUGAAACCAUUAUUGGAAGCAGUAGAAAUCCGAGCCCUGAUGUACAAUAUCUUCAGUUAUUUUCGCCUAAAAUUCUUGCAUCACACUGUUCUAUAGUAAAUGCACUUGGCACAGUAUCUAUUGUUCCUCAUGGACCCGAGGCAGAUGUAAGAGUUUCUGACCAAAGAAUAUAUGAUAACACUCUACUGCACUCUGGUGAUGUUGUACAAUUUGGAGGACUGCAUACAUUUCGUUUCCACAAUCCUAAUGAUGAUCCACCUGAACGUAACAGUAUUGGAAGUGAUGAAAACCUUUCACCAUACAAGUCCAGUGUUAGUAGUCCUCCACUAUCUCCAGAGCUCAUAGAAAUGGUUUUGAAUGAACAAACUGGAAGUGCAGUUGAUGAAGAUGGUAAUGGUGUUGAUGAUGAAAUGGCUUCAAUCAAGCCAGUAAAAGUUAUUCAUGGAUAUGGGAGUCUUGAAGAUGUCAGUCAACCGUCAAUGAAAGGAAGGCUGAGUCGUCAUUCUGUGUCUGACCUAUUAGACAUGGAUAAUAAUGUUGAGGAGAAUCUCCUUCCAGCUGCAUUAACAUUUUUAAAUCAUGGCAGAGAUGCUUUCUUUGCAGCAAUCAUUAGUGGGAUAAAUGUGAACUUUAAACUUGCACCAACAUACACUCUCUACCUUGCAGCAAGACAUAUAAUAUCUCCUGACUUUCAGCCUGGUCUGAAUGAAACUAAUCGCAUGAAGCUGUUGUCUAGUAUAACAAAAGGAAUUGCCUCAAGUAUUCAACAGACUAUUCAGGAAAAUGAUAGAUUAGCGGGUGGUUUAGCUUUCUGGAUGGCAAAUGCAUCAGAGCUUCUUCACUUCUACAGACAAGAUAGUACUAUUGGGCCGUUGACAAAGAGUGCUCAAGCAAUACUUGCUCAGUCAAUACAAGAAGCCUUUGCAUUACUUGUAAAUGCAAUGGAAGAAGAAUUAUCACUUGCACUUCCUGCUUUUUUUGAUCCAUCAGAAUAUGUAGACAUACGUUCUGAUGAACUAAACGAAAUCCUAAAUGAUGAUUUGCUAGAACGUGCUGAGUCGGUGGAGUUAUUAAACUGGACAAAUGAUGGUCCUUUUAGUGUUACUCCCAUGGAUGCAGAUGGUAGACCUCUAAGUAGUGGACAGUGGAUCGCACCAGGUGCUCGUAUUAGACACAAUGGAUCACCAGUUAUGGCUGAUAUUUUAUACAUCUUGUCCUCUGCCAUGUCUUUGUUAAGACGAUGUCGUGUUAAUGCAGCUCUAACUAUUCAAUUAUUCUCACAACUGUUUCAUUUUAUCAACAUGUGGACGUUCAAUCGUAUUGUGUUUGAACCCCAACUUAGAUUAUGCAGUGAACUGUGGGGUCAUUGUUUACGUAUGAGAUUAAGUUUUAUAGAGGCCUGGGCUGAACGACAAGGAUUGGAAUUAGCAGCUGAUUGCCAUUUAGCAAGAAUAGUUCAGACUGCCCACCUCUUGGAAGCACCGAAAGAUAAUGCUGAAGAUAUAUCUAACAUUGCAGAGGUGUGUUUUAAGCUAAAUUCACUACAGUUGCGGUAUUUGUUGGAAAAUUAUCUACCAGAACCAGAUGAGCCUGAAAUACCACAAGAGUUGAUUGAACACAUUGUCAAAGUAGCAGAAAGCACUUCUGAUCAAUUAACACACAAUGAUGGCCGUGAUGUCAAAUUGGAAGAAGACUUUCAGUUGCAACUCCCUUUCCUUUUGCCAGAAGAAGGUUAUUCAUCCGAUAUUAUACGUGGUGUACCUGUAGGUUUGCAAGAGUUUUUGGAGCCAUUAUGUGAAACUGGGUUGUGUGAAUUAACUAUUAAUCCACUCUCCAGUGGAUUAUGGACAGUGUAUCAAGAACCUUAUGAAAUCGGAGGUUCUGAUGAUGGUACAGAAAGCCUAAUGGGAGAAGCUCCACCAAUUCAAAGAGUUACCAUCAACAAGGGAAAGAGUGGUCUGGGACUCAGCAUAUGCGCUGCAAAGGGCGCACAAUCGGAAUUUAAUGGGAUUUACAUAAAAGCAGUUAUAGCAGGAAGUGUUGCUGAUCAGGAUGGUAAUCUUGAAGCUGGCGAUCAGAUCAUUAGUGUGAAUGAAAGUAGUUUAAUUGACGUCACACAGAAACAGGCUGCUAGAAUAAUGGGUAAAAGUGGUCCUAUUAUUACGUUAGAAGUAAUGAAACAUGCUGCCUUCCACCAUGGCUUAGAAAAACUUGUCGAGAACGAUGAGAACAUGCCAAAUGUUGUUCCGCCACCAAGACCGGAGGAACCUGAGAAAGUACACGUUAAUAGUAACAACAGCCAACAUUAUGACCAAGAGAAGAGAUACCAUGACCAAAAAAACCUUCGAGAAGUCGUUGACGGUUAUCCCGAAGAUCAAGCCGUUAUAUCACAUUACAACAAGCCAUAUCCCGAUGAGCACAGUGUGGAGACGUUUAACGAAUCAGAUUACGACUCAGAUGGUAAUUUAUUGACUCCCGAAGAAAAAGCUACUCGAGCUAAGUUGCGACAAAGACAGUUGGAGUAUGAGAUGAGGCUAGCAAGGAUGGAAGAAGAACGAAAGUUUCAAGAAGAGGAGCUAAAGCUUCAGGAGGAAGAGCGCCGCAUGCAAGAGGAAGAAUUGUUAAGAAAACAGCAACAUGACGAGGAACUGGGGCGACGGAGAAGCGAAGCAGAAGAAUGGGCAAGAGCUGAAGAGUUGGAGCUGGAAAGAGAGGCUGAAAAAAGAUACGAGGAAGAAGCAAGACAACGUCGACUGGAAGAAGAAAGAGAAAAAAUGCGUCUUGCGAAAGAAAGAGAAAAGGAGCUAGCUGAGGAAAGACGGCGGGAAGAAGAAGGAAUCAGAGAGAAAAUGCGUCUUGCAGAAGAAAAACGUGCUUGGGAAGAAAAAUUGGCUGAAGAAAAGAGACGCCAAGAAGAACAGCUAGAAGUCGAAAGACAGCGGCAAGAAGAAAGAAGAAGAAAAGAAGAACAUGAGAGGUUACACAGAAUAAAAGCUGAGGAGGCGAAAAGGCGACAAGAAGAAGAGGAAAUGAAGAGACACGAAGAAGAACGAAUCAGGAAAGAGGAAGAAAUGAGAAGAGUUGAAAAAGAGGAAAGGAUUAGACAAAUGAAGGAAGAACAAGAGAGAAAAAGACGGCAAGAUAUAGAAGAUCAGAAAGCAAGAGAAGUUGAAGAACAGAAACGUAGGGACUACUUUUUAGCUGAACAGCAAAGACGUCAAGAAGAGGAAGAAAAAAAAGCUGAAGAAGCAAGACGAAAAGAAAAGCAAAAACUGAUAGAAGAAAGGCGUAAAAAGGAGGAGGAGAGAAAGAAAGAGCAAGAACUUCGUUACCAAAAGAAGGAAACCGAACGACCGAAAAGUUUCCCCGCCGUUAAAAAGGAGCCCGAACGGCUUGAUAUGCGUGAAUUAGAUAGAGAAAUGGCGAGUAUUGAUGAUGCGUUACGAGAAGCCGAAAAGAUUGCGGCAGAGAUGGAUUUGUUUAUGAUGGAAGAAGAACAAAAAAUUGAAGAGGAUGUAAAACAGAAACACAGACGUGAAGAGAAAGAGUGGAGUGCGGUGGAUGCUUUCACAAAGAAGGAUAUCAACCAUAACAACACACCAGCUAAACCACAAAAGGUAUACAGAGUUGAAACCAAAAAUGUUAUUAAGAGAUAUUCGUCGCGAGAAAAUUUGUUAGAAACUGAUUUAGAUAGCACAGACUUUCUUCCUCCUCCUCCUGAGAAUCUUCUUUCUGAUAAAGAUACGUAUUCAAAUGUACGAACAAGUAAAUAUGAGACGAACAUUGACUCGUCGAGUGAUGAAGAAGAAACUUAUAAUUCUUACAACAGACCUAAUGAGGCUAUGUCUGAACAACAGCGGUGGAUAAAAGAACAGAAAGAAAAACGCGAGAGACAGAAACAAGAACAAGACCGUCUACGUCAAGAUCGAAUCAAAAAACAAGAGCAGGAGAAAGAAAAGAGGAUGUAUGAACUCGAGAUGAAGAAAGAACAGGAGGCCAGAGAAAUGAACGAAUACUUACGUUCAAAGCAAGAGCGCGAAAGAAAAGAGCGCGAAAUAGAGAACCAAAGACAACCACCGCCUGUUGUGAAACCAAGAAAUUUCAAACUAAAAAACCAAAUCAACUUUGGUAUGAGUGAUUCUGUGCGAGGUGAAUACAAAUCAAAAGCGGAACAGGACUUUGAUAGACGACGUUCAGAAAUAGAUAAUCUUCCGUAUGUUAGAAAUUCAGUUACUAAUUAUUCAUCAGACGAAGAUGCACCCCCACGCCCACCGCCUCCCAAGAAUAUACCUGCUAGUCCACUAACGCCUCCUACACAACAACCAAAUAAAUUUAAAUACUCGUCGACCAAUGGUUACCAAAAUAACAGAUCUCCACCACGAAGCAAUGAGAUAUCCAGCGAUAGCGGUCUCUUCAACCACUCUGGUCACACUGCUUUUAAUAAACGUACUCCGGAACCUGCAGUUGUAAAUCAGGGUGUUGGUGAACCCGAAGUUCUUGAUUUUAGGGCGAAGAUGAAAUUGUUUGGUAGUUUCCAAAGCUGAAAUGAAGUUAAUUACGAGAUAAUUAUAACGAGAAAUCUAUAUGUUCGUCUGCGCAGAUAUUAUUUAUUGUACAAUAUUAUAUAUUUAUUGUCUUAAAAUAGAACGAAAAACUAACCAACUACAAGUAUAUGGUAACCUCAUAUCAAAGAUGUACCUUGUAUUUGAUGCAUUUCUUGUUAAACUCAUAUUUUUAAUUGGCGGUGGAAAAUAUUUGUCGCUGGUAAUUGGGCAAAAGUCUUCGUCAUCAUCGUCAUCAUAAAAUUAUCGAAAUCAACAAAUUCUAAAUUGACAUUUUGUUUUGCUUAACAACCGAGAGAAAGAUUUUUAGAUAUUUUUUAGAUACCUCUUCGUGGUCGUUUUUCGCAUAAGUAAGUUUUGGAUAAUUUAUAGGCUAUGUAUGUUGCUAGAGGCUUUGUAGUGAGCCUCCUCCAGCUUAGACAAUGCCCUUUAUAAAUUUAUCGACCCUAAGACUAAGAAAUUAUUCCACCUUUAUCUUUAAAGAGGAAAAUUGAUAAUUCUUUGCAGAUAACUUGACAAUUUUGUGGAUAGUGUAAUUGUAAUUAAAUAUGAAUUUUUAAUCAUUUUAUGAAAGUAGUAUAUGAAUUGUGUCGAAUUUCAUAGUAUUUUUUGAUUGACUACUUAAUUUUACUUUCAUUUUUUUUCUACAGCAAUUUAUUUAUUAAUUAUCACAACUUUUAUUUCUCGCUGUGUCUGUCGUGUAGGUCGUGUAUGUUAAUGGAUACCUCUCAUUGUGGAGGUCGGUUUGGUGAAAGAUUUUUUCGUAGUGACAUGGUAAUUUUAGCGUCUUUUUUUUACAUAAAACAAGCUAGAAAAUCAUGAUUUUAAAGUUAAAACAAUUCAGUCGAUAUAUACAUGACGUGACUACACGCUGCUUUCAAUCAUUGUGGUUAAUUCUGAGAAGCGUAAACAUAUUUUUCGCCAUAUUGUGUGUUUAACGUGGUUGUUUUUCCCUCAUGCGAUACCAAACCUCACUUCAGCAUGUGGAAAGUGUAAUGUAUGUAUAUAUUAUCUGUUAGUGAUAUUAUCAAUCCUGAAAAAGAUAAGCUUUUAUACUA